AUGAUUGCCCAAGGUCCUGUUCUUCCAAGCGCUGCUCUUCGCAGCAAUGGAGGGAGUACUACCGGUGGCUAUGGAAGGAGCCCACGAUCAGGCAAGGAACUUCAGAGCCCCGAGAAGCGUCCAUCGGUUCCUCGCUACCGUUCCGCAAUGUUGGAUGCAUCUCCAAGGAGUACGACAUCUGGCAGAAGCAGUCCCGAAGCACGAAAGGCCCAAGCUGCAAAACAAGCACGGCGCCAACGUACAGCGAUGCUCAUCUCGGACCGCACUCCAAAGGCCAAAGAAAAUGGCAAGUUUGACCACUCAAGAACGGCAAUGUUGAUGGCCAACAAAUCCGUGGAAGAUGAUGGCACGCAGUCCACAAACAGCUUGUUCAGCAUGAUGCAAGGCAAGGUCAAAGGUUUGGUCGAGUCGGUACGCCCACGCUAG